AUGCCCAGCAAAACCAAGUACAACCUUGUCGACGAUGGUCACGACCUGCGGAUCCCCUUGCACAACGAGGACGCCUUCCAGCACGGCAUCUGCUUCGAGGCCAAGUACGUUGGAAGUCUGGACGUGCCGAGGCCCAACAGCAGAGUGGAGAUUGUGGCUGCCAUGCGCCGGAUCCGGUAUGAGUUUAAAGCGAAGAACAUCAAGAAGAAGAAGGUGAGCAUUAUGGUUUCAGUGGAUGGAGUGAAAGUGAUUCUGAAGAAGAAGAAAAAGAAAAAGGAGUGGACGUGGGAUGAGAGCAAGAUGCUGGUGAUGCAGGACCCUAUCUACAGGAUCUUCUACGUCUCUCAUGAUUCCCAAGACUUGAAGAUCUUCAGCUAUAUUGCUCGAGAUGGUGCCAGCAAUGUCUUCAGGUGUAACGUCUUUAAGUCCAAGAAGAAGAGCCAAGCCAUGCGAAUCGUCCGGACGGUGGGGCAGGCCUUCGAGGUCUGCCACAAGCUGAGCCUGCAGCACACACAGCAGAAUGCUGACGGUCAAGAAGACGGGGAGAGUGAGAGGAACAGCUGCAGCUCGGGAGGCCCAGGCCGCCAGCUCACCGGGGCCGAGAGGACCUCCACGGCCACCGCAGAGGAGACGGACAUCGAUGCGGUCGAGGUCCCACUCCCAGGGAACGACGCCCUGGAGUUCAGCCGAGGCGUGACCGACCUUGAUGCUGUAGGGAAGGAAGGAGGCGCCCACACAGACCCCAAGGCCUCGCCCCACCCCCAGGAGCCCAUGCUGACAGCCUCGCCCAGGAUGCUCCUUCCCUCCUCUUCCGCGAAGCCCCCGGGCCUGGGCGCGGGCACGCCGCUGUCCACCCACCACCAGAUGCAGCUCCUGCAGCAGCUCCUCCAGCAGCAGCAGCAGCAGACGCAAGUGGCUGUGGCCCAGGUUCACUUGCUGAAGGACCAGCUGGCUGCUGAGGCCGCAGCGCGGCUGGAGGCCCAGGCUCGUGUGCACCAGCUCCUGUUGCAGAACAAGGACAUGCUCCAACACAUCUCUCUGCUGGUCAAGCAGGUGCAGGAGUUGGAGCUGAAGUUGUCAGGACAGAAUGCCAUGGGCUCGCAGGACAGCUUGUUGGAGAUCACCUUCCGCUCUGGAGCCCUGCCCGUGCUCUGCGACCCCACGACCCCGAAGCCGGAGGACCUACACUCGCCGCCCCUGGGCGCGGGCUUGGCCGACUUCGCCCACCCAGCGGGCAGCCCCUUAGUCGACCACAGCAUGUUUGAGAACCUGAACACAGCCCUCACUCCCAAGCUCCAGGCGAGCCGCUCCUUCCCCCACUUGUCCAGGCCGGCGGCCCCCAGCUCUGCUGCUCAGGGGUCUGCGGAGUCCGGGGGGCCUGGACUCUGGGUGGGCAGCAGUCAGCACCUCAAGAGCCUGGGCAAAGCGGUGGGGGCCAAAGUGAAUGACUUCCUGCGGAGAAAGGAACCCUCGAGCCUGGGCAGCGUGGGCGCGACAGAGGUCAACAAGACGGCGGGGGCCCAGCUGGCCAGCGGGGCUGACGGGGAUGACGGAAGGUCAGCCCUGCAAGAAGCAUUCCCUCGGCUGGAUCCUCCACCUCCCACCACCAGGAAGCGAACCCCUCGGGCCCUGAAGACCACCCAGGACAUGCUGAUUUCAUCACAGCCUGUCCUAAGUAGUCUGGAGUAUGGGACAGAGCUAUCAUCUGGGCAGCCCCAGGUCUUGUCUCCCACCCAACCCAGCUCAGCCGAUGCUUCCCAGCCAGAGGCCACCACGGAGGUGGUGGACAGGGGCGAUGCUCUGCCGAAUGGAGAGGCUUCCGUGUCAGUACCUGACCUCAUCCACAAGGACAGCCAGGAUGACCCCAAACUCAAGGCAACUGAGUGCCGAAGGGCCUCUUCCCCUGGCCUCAUGGAGAGAAAUGGCCUCAAACUCAGCCUGAGCCCCGUCAGCCUGGCCGAGUCUCUGGAGGACGGCAGCCCACCUCCCCGGGCGCGGACCUCCAGCGCUGACAAUGAGGGCCCUCACCCAGACCUGCUGUCCUUUGAGUAG